AUGCCCAGGAACUGCGCCUACGACGGCCCUCCCCGGGCGCUGCCCGCGGGCGAGGCCCACUACCUCCUGCGCCGCUGGUGCAGCCAUCUCGGGGGUGACGAGCACACCGUCGAGACCUGCUGCGAUCUGGACCAGCUCCGCGCACUCGACACCAAGAUCCGGAUGGCGUCGACGUUCCUGGACAAGUGUCCCGCCUGCAUGCGCAACUUCGUCGGGCACUUUUGCGACUUUAACUGCGGCACGAAUCAGAGCGCUUUCAUUAAGAUACAGGAGCUGAAAUCGGUCAAGACGAUCGAUCUCCACGUGACCCACAAGUCACUCGUCGCCAUCUACGAGUCGUGCGCCUCGGUGUUUGUCCCCGCCACCGGCCAGCUCGCCAUGGACAUCAUCUGCGGCAGCUGGGGGGCCUCAAUGUGCUCGGCGUUCAGGUGGUUCUCCUUCAUGGGUGACACCAGCAACGGCUACGUGCCCUUCCAAGUCAACUACAAGCUGUCCGACGACGGCGUCGUUGACGGGGUCAUCCCCUUGGACUCGCCCACCACGCCCUGCCAAGUGUGCGCGGCGUCGCCCUGGUCCUUCCUGCUGCUGGCCAUGGUGCUCACGGCCGCGCUCGGCUCCGGGCUGCGCCGCGUCAACAUCGUGACCGACCCCAUCGAGCUGUGGGCCGACCCGGCCAGCCGCUCGCGCCAGGAGCGCGACUACUUCGAGGAACACUUUGAGCCGUUUUACCGCUCGGAGCAAGUGAUCGUGCGGGCCGUCGGGCUAGACAGAGUCGUGCACAAUACCUCGAACGGUUUGUUGGAGUUCGGCCCCGCAUUCAAUCGUGAGUUUCUCGCCUCGGCUCUGGAUCUGCAGGAUCGGAUUAAAAAAAUCGGCCAGGUGGAGGGUGAGGGCCUGGAGAAGAUCUGCUACGCGCCCUUCGUCACCGCCCGAGGAGGGCCCGCCGUUCUCGACAACUGCCUGGUCCUCAGCGUCUGGGGCUACUUCCAGGACAGCGCCAAAGCGUUUAACGCCACCAUCGAGGACCCGAACAACUUUACGCAAAAUUACCUCGACACUCUCCAAAAGUGCUUCCAGAACCCGUACAACCCAGAGUGCUUCGCCGUGUAUGGCGGCCCCGUGGACCCCGCAAUCGCGCUGGGUGGCUUCCUGGGGCCCGGCGACACCCUGACGGGCCCCGAGCAGUACCGCGAGGCCACCGCCGUCAUCCUGACGCUGCUCGUGCACAACCACGUGGACCGGCGCGCGCUGCAGCCCGCCCUGGAGUGGGAGGCCAAGUUCGUCUCGUUCAUGGUCGCGUGGUCGCGCGACGAGCGGCCCGCCUACAUGGACGUGGCGUUCAGCACGGACCGCUCGGUGGAGGACGAGCUGGACCGCGUCUCCCGGUCGGACGCGUCCACCAUCCUCAUCAGCUACUGCGCCAUGUUCGUGUACGUGGCGCUGUCGCUCGGGAGGGUCACCUCCUUGCGUCGGCUGCCCGUCGACAGCAAGGUCACCCUGGGCCUCGGCGGGGUGCUCACUGUGGCCUCGGCCGUCGUCUGCUCCGUGGGCUUCUACGCUUACGUUGGCGUCGCCGCCACGCUCAUCGUCGUCGAGGUGGUGCCGUUCCUCGUGCUGGCCGUCGGCGUGGACAACAUCUUCAUCCUGGUGAUGACCCACGAGCGCACAGCCCGUCUGCCGCGCGAGUCCAUCAGCGACCACAUCGGGCGCGUGAUGGGCCAGGUCGGCCCCUCUAUGCUGCUCACCACCCUGUCCGAGAUCUGCUGCUUCCUGCUGGGCGCGCUCUCCACCAUGCCCGCCAUCCGCGCCUUCGCCCUGUACGCAGGCGGCGCCCUCGUCAUGGACUUCCUCUUCCAGAUGACGUGCUUCGUCAGCCUGCUCUCCAUCGACACGGCCCGGCGGAACGCCUCUCGCCUGGACGUCUGUUGCUGGGGGAGACCGUCGCGGAGCGACGAGGACGGCGCCGAUGACGACGAUCCCGGCCGCCACGGCGCCCUGUUCGCGUUCUUCAGCCGGCGCUACGCCCCGGGCUUGCUCCUGGAGGACGUGCGCGCCUUCGUCGUCGUGGCGUUCCUCCUGUGGCUGUGCUGCAGCCUGGCCGUGCUGCGGCACGUGCCCGUGGGCCUGGACCAGGAGCAGGCCAUGCCCGAGGACUCGUACCUGCUCAAGUACUUCAGGUUCCUCAAGGAGUACCUCUGCAUCGGCCCACCUGUGUACUUUGUCGUCAAGGAGGGCCUUAACUACUCGAGCCCCGCCGCCCAGAACACGCUAUGCGCCGGCCCCGGCUGCAGCAAGGACUCGCUGGCCGCCCAGACGUUCGGCGCAGCCAAAACCCCAGACUGUUCGCGCAUCGCCAGGCCGAGCACCUCGUGGGUGGAUGAUUAUCUGAAUUGGCUGGGACACUCUGGCUGCUGCUACGAGAACAAAACCACGGGGCAGUUCUGCCCUCAUUCAAAAGGUUCAAAGUGUAAGGAGUGUCGGGUUCCGUUCGACCCCUCGACGAGCCGGCCGAGCGCCGCCGACUUCAACAAGUACGUCCCGUACUUCCUAGAGGACAACCCAGACGCGUCCUGCGCGGUUGCAGGGCACGCGGCCCACUCCAAGGCCGUCAUGUACUCCGUAACGGCAGACGGCAGUGUCGUGGUCGGCGCCUCCAACUUUAUGGCGUUCCACACUAUCCUCAAGCACCCCUCCGACUACUACACGGCGCUGCGCGAGGCACGACACCUGGCUGAUAGGAUCCAGGACGCCGUCAACGACCACCUCCGCAGAGAGAACGUCUCUGACACCGUGGAUGUAUUUGCCUACAGCACGUUCUACGUGUUCUACGAACAGUACCUCACCAUGUGGGCUGACACGGCGACUGGGCUGAGCAUCUCGCUGGCGGCCAUCUUCGUCGUGUGCUUUGUGCUCAUGGGCCUCGACUCGUGGUCGGCCCUGUACAUUGUCGUCACCAUCACCAUGAUCCUCAUCGACCUGAUGGCCUUCAUGUAUUGGGCCGACAUCUCCCUGAACGCCGUCUCUCUCGUCAACCUGGUCAUGUGCAUCGGGAUCUCCAUCGAGUUCUGCGGCCACCUCGUGCACUCAUUCGCGCUGUCCAACAAGCAGUCCCGCUUGGAGCGCGCCGCCGACGCUCUGGCGCAGAUGGGCAGCUGUGUCUUCUCCGGGAUCACGCUCACCAAAUUCGUCGGCAUCUCCGUGCUCGCCUUCGCCAGCUCACCCAUAUUCAGCGUCUUCUACUUCCGCAUGUACAUGGGCAUCGUGGUGAUCGGCGCGGCGCACGGGCUCAUCUUCCUGCCCGUCAUGCUGAGCUACAUCGGUACGGGUGACGUAGCGCGAUGAGCGCGGUGAGCUGGCCCAGUUGCAACCCUGUUCCCCCUUAUACUUCUCCUGGCCCAAG